GUUCAGCCAUUACUCCGAGAUGGUGACUGCGGGUGGUUUCGCUUGAUCCUUCACACGCGACGAAACCUGGAUUUACUGGAGCGCUCACCUUUUACGCUCAGGUGUCGUUUGUACCUCUCGCCUCCCGCCCCCGCGUCUCCUCUCCGUAUCCCGAGUCACCGUUCGCUACCCUCGAGUAGCACUUCUUUAAGUUUUUGCCCCCGUGUUUUCUGUUGUCGGACGGAGUGUCUGUGCUCAGAUGACGGCGCAGGUAGAUUACCUGGUUGUGGCUUUCGCCGCCACAUCUGGCGCCAGCGGGGACCUGCUGGGAUCCGACGAGAAGGAGCUGGUGCAGUUGGUCUGGCAGCUGGUGGAUGUAAAGAACAAAAAGUUGGGCAGGGUGAAUGAGCUCCUCAUCAAGCCUGACCUCUCCGACAUGACGGAGGAAAAGGAGGAGGAGGAUGUGGUGGAGGAGAGCAUUGAGGAGGAGAAUGGAUCAGGAGCCGAGUGCGUCUCCACAUCCGCAAACCUCGAGGCAGCUUUAAACCAGUUUCACCUACAGCUGACAAACGAGGUGAACAGUGCGGGCGCAGGCACGUCGGUGUGUUUGUGUACAGACGGGCAGCUUCACAUCCGCCAAGUGAUUCACCCCGAGGCCGCCAGCAAGAACAUCCUGGUGCCCGACUGUUUCUACUCGUUCUUCGACCUGCGGAAAGAGUUCAAGAAGCACUUCCCCUCAUCUGACCUCAAGGCUUCGAAUGUACACAUCAUGGCAGAAUCUCUUAGUUUACCUGUUGAUGUGCCCCCCAUGUGGGACACCUCAGCCCCCGGACACCUCAGCCCCCGGACACCUCAGCCACCCUGGACACCUCAGCCCCCGGACACCUCAGCCCCGGACACCUCAGCCACCCCGGACCCCUCAGCCAUAUUGUCUGCAGAGGCAGCCGUACAGCAGGUCCAGAUGAUGGCCAGCAUCGUCCUUGCACUGCUCUCUGAGCCAUUCGGUCACACAUUUUCUAACUCGGAGAGAGUUAAUGAGAAGUUUGAGACUGGAACCUGCAGUAAGAUGGAGAAAGUGUGCGACAACACAGUGAUCAGAGCCAGAGGGUUGCCAUGGCAGUCCUCUGAUCAGGAUAUUGCUCGAUUCUUCAGAGGACUCAACAUUGCCAAAGGAGGGGCUGCACUGUGUCUGAACGCUCAGGGGAGGAGGAACGGAGAAGCUCUGGUUCGUUUUGUCAGUGAAGAACACAGAGACCUGGCUCUGCAGAGACACAAACACCAUAUGGGCAACAGAUACAUAGAGGUUUACAAAGCAACAGGAGAGGAUUUCCUGAAGAUAGCUGGAGGUACCUCCAAUGAGGUAGCAAUGUUCCUGUCCCGUGAGGACCAGAUCAUAGUGAGGAUGCGGGGUCUUCCAUUCAUCGCCACACACGAGCAGGUGCUCGCCUUCUUCUCCCCAGGAGACGGCAUUAAAGAGACGUGUCCGGUCAGUGGAGGCAGGGAUGGUAUCCUAUUUGUUCACUACCCAGAUGGUCGUCCCACUGGCGAUGCGUUUGUCUUGUUUGCCUGCGAGGAACACGCCCAGUGUGCUCUGAGGAAACACAAGGAAAUCCUGGGGAGAAGAUACAUUGAGCUGUUUAAGAGCACGGCAGCAGAGGUCCAACAGGUGUUGAACCGGUACUCAUCGGCCCCUCUGAUCUCUGUGGCCCCUGCCCCCUUGGUGUCAGUUCUACCUUCGGUGUCUCUUCUUCCUCCUCCGGGUGGUUUGAGGGACUGUCUGAGGCUGAGGGGGCUGCCUUACACAGCGAGCAUAGAGGACAUCCUCACCUUCCUGGGCGAGUUUACACACGACAUCAGACCACAUGGUGUGCACAUGGUCCUCAACCAGCAGGGCCGUCCGUCAGGCGACUGCUUCAUCCAGAUGACCUCGGCAGAGCGAGCACUUCAGGCCUCACAGCGGCUCCACAAGCAUGUGAUGUCCAGCCAGCGAGGGGCGAACAGCCGCUACGUGGAGGUGUUCCCCUGCAGCGCAGAGGAGAUGGGCCUGGUGCUGAUGGGAGGCUCGCUCUCACACACACUUACACACACACACAACCGGAGCAGGAGUGGGACAGGGCUCAGCCCGCCGCCAUGUAAGUCCAGACGUCUAUCGCCUCCAUCGUACGCCUUCAGUCCUGCGCCAUCCGUCUUCCCUUCAGAGGCCGCCGCUGGCCUCUACCCUCCCAUUGGUCAGGUGUUGCUGGCCCCUCGCCCCCUGCCACCAGGACACGCCUACUACCCCAACACAGCUCAGCUAUACAUGAACUACACAGCGUACUACCCCAGUCCGCCUGGCUCGCCCACCACCUUAGGAUUCUUCCCCUCCCCCUCCUCCAUGUCCUCUCAAGGGGGGUUGAUGCGUAUGCCAGGUUUGCCUUACGGCAGCAAUGGAGUCAAAGAGCUGAUUAAUGCAGUGCAGGGAUACCAGUACGCCCCCGAGGAUGCUCUCUUGCACGCCCAUGGGGCCCUGCAUGCUCACGACCCGGCCAGGACAUUGCUUACGCAGCCCAAAGAAUGGAGUCCCUUGGAGUCCAUUUCCCUCCUGAACAGCAGUCUGAUUGGUCAGUCCAGCGGAGGUGACGCUGCUCUCAUGUCCCUCCCCGCUCUCAUGUCCAAGCCGGCGGGACAGUACUUGGACCUGACCCUGCUGUAGGGUCACACAUACACAGAGGUCAUGUGAAAGUGACUUGUAAUGUAUUGUUAGGUUUAAAAAAAAAAAAAAAAGAGCCUUUUAGCUGUGUUAUUUAUAUCUUUAAGAACAGAAAUUAAUGUAUUUUAUACCAAAAUCAUUGUGGCCUUAGCCCAAAAAAUAGCAGUUUUGUCUUAUAUUGCACAGUGUGUAUUUUAAAAAGCUUUAUAGAGAUUUUUUUUAAACAUGUUACGAUAUUUUAAUCACUCUGAUAUAUUUGCUAGCCAACCUAGAGAAGAAAGACCGAGUAGCAACCGAGCUAAAUCUUUUCUGAAGCUUUUCUGUGAAGAGUGAACGUGCGAGUGUGAAAACGAUGAGAGUGAGUAUUACACAUGGCUGUGUUGAUGUUUUAAUACUCAAUCUGUUUAUGCAAUACAUUUUAUGUUUAUACACAUUUGAUACAGUACAUAGUGAUUGUAUUGGAAGCUUUAGUGCAUGAAGAAGUUAGUAGUGAAACUAAGAUGUUUACAUUAUGCCAAAUAUCAAUGCACUGCUAAUCAAUAAGACUAUUAACGAAAUAUAAUAGCAGUAUCUUUGAAUGACUAUGUUACACUGUGAGUUUGUCAAAUAGUCGGAUCCUUGCAUCAGACUUCACUUACAAAAACAAAAAAAGGAAAUGUGACAUCUCAUACAUCCCUUGUUGUGCGCCCUAUACGGGUCAGUUUCCUUGUGUAUUUGCCAAUGUUCUCUUGCCCUUUGUGUUUGGAUUCCCACCUAAACAAAGUACAGCCCCAGUUCUAGUAGCCUCGCCACAGGGUUGCACACUUGAGGAAUAUUUCUGUCACAAGCUCUCACCUAACCGAAUCGAUAUCAGAAGCCAGAGUUUGUUUCUGGCAGAUUUUAUUACAUGUUUUUUGUAACGUAAAGACUCAUCAGUCCCAUCACACUUUCUCUUGUCUUCCUUCCACCAUCUGCGCUGAUGUUGGGGAAAUGUGAUCGAAUAAACAGUUAAGUCUCAACAAAAUUCCUUUGCCAAUUCCCCUGUUAGCUAAAUCCUUUGGAGAGCAGGUGGAGAGGGAAUGAAGCACACCUCUGAUGUGUACCUCGUGAAUUGAAUUGCUAUUUGUGCCCUGAAAAGUUUCUGUUUGGGCUCCGUGUCGCUGUACUCGCAUUCCACAGUCGGAGCUCAAACUCCUGCUCAGGAUGUCCCGCUGUGGCCAUGCUGAAAAAAAUAAAUAAACAUAACAUGAAGUCUGCUGA